GGCUGUAUUUCAAUUUCAAUGCGCAUAAUUGAGACAGGGUGGGGGUAGAAUGUAGGAGGAGCGCACCAGCUGAACCAAACCAAAACCUGAGCGACUAUUUGUGUUGACGGCAAGCAUGGCAGGCGACAGCGAAACCCGGCUGGAUAAUCAAGCCGAAAAAGAGCAUGUUACCCGGCAGCCUUUCCUCAUCGGGGUGGCUGGGGGUACUGCCAGUGGCAAGUCAUCAGUCUGCGGGAAGAUCCUGGAGCUGCUGGGGCAGAAUAAGAUCGACCACCACCAGAGACAGGUCGCCAUCCUCAGCCAAGACAGCUUCUACAAGGUCCUCACACCCGAGCAGAAGGCCAAGGCUCUCAAGGGCCAGUUCAACUUUGACCAUCCAGAUGCAUUCGACAAUGAGCUCGUCGUGAAGACCUUGUGGGACAUCAUUGAAGGCAAAACCGUCCAGAUUCCAGUAUAUGACUUUGUCACUCAUUCCAGGAAGGAGGAGACCGUUACAGUUUACCCAGCAGAUGUUGUGUUGUUUGAGGGCAUCCUAAUGUUCUACUCCCUGGAGAUAAGGGACCUGUUUCAGAUGAAGUUGUUUGUCGACACAGAUGCAGACACUCGACUAUCACGCCGGGUGUUGCGCGACAUUAACGAACGAGGCAGGGAUCUGGAACAGGUACUAUCGCAGUAUAUCACCUUCGUCAAACCAGCCUUUGAGGAGUUCUGCCUGCCUACCAAGAAAUACGCUGACGUAAUUAUUCCUCGAGGGGCUGACAAUAGUGUUGCCAUAAACCUGAUCGUGCAGCACAUCCAGGACAUUGUGAACGGCGGCCUGACCAAGAGGCAGAACGGCUAUGUGAACGGCUACAUCACACCCCGCAAACGCCAGCCUUCAGAGUCCAGCAGCAGACCCCACUGACCACACUGCCUCUCUCCACUUAAUCACAGGACUAGGGAGAGAGAGAGCGGUGCACGAGAAGGGGAGGAGGAAGAUGAAGAUGAAAAGAUGGAUGGAUGGAUGGAUUACAUGUACAUAUUACGAGUUAGCCAACACUAUUUAAAACAAAUACACACACAAUCUAAAAGAAAAUUGCGAAAGCUGCAAAACUGCCUUCUUUGACUUUUUUUUUCUU